ACUUGCUCAUGCAUCACACCAGAUCACCAACGGAUACGUAGUGCUACGCAAACCUCGAGACAGUAGUAAGCUUAGCUCAUAUGGCAUUCAAUAUUUUCAAAUAAUUGUUCACUUUACUUGAAAUGGGCAGUCGAGUGGCUAAAAUACUUCCUGUGAUAUGGCUUCAAAUCUGAAACUGUUUCUUAAAAUUAAGAUUAGAGUGUACACAAAAUGAUUGGUUUUUACGAGUUAUUCAAGUAGUUUUUGAGCACGUAGACAUAAACCACGGUUGUCAUAGUAACAAUAAAUUAAACUUUGUUGAAAAGGUCAAAUGGAGAAUACAAAGCCAACUGGGAUGCGACGUGCAUCUCAUUGGUCUACCGAAGUAGAGAAUGCAUAUAGGUUUCAGUUGGCGGGUUACAGAGAUGAAGUGGAAUAUUUUAACUAUAAUAAUGCUGAUCCAGAAAAAUGGACAAAUACGGGAUUUGUUAAAAAAUUGAAGCGACGAGAUGGUCUGUUCUACUAUUUUAACAAGAGUAGGGAGUGUUCAGACAAAGAUAUACCGAAAUGCAAACUAUAUGUAUAUUAAUAAACAAAAUAUAACACAGUGAAUAAUAUCCACCAAACUUUAUUUCUAGAAGUUCUUCACAGUGCAUACUCCGUCCAAACAAGGGUGUGAAAAUUUGACGCGAGUGUGAAUCAACAAACAUUAGACUAUUUCAACUACAUAACCUGUAGGUGUUUCUUCACUUCUACAUAAUACAAGAGAUUUACUGAA